AUGGCAGGUGGUGGAGGAGGAGGAGGAGGAGGAGGCGGUGGAGCUCCAAAAGUAGACGAGCCACAGCCACACCCACCAAAAGAACAGCUCCCCAACAUUUCUUACUGCAUUACAAGUCCACCUCCAUGGCCCGAUGCCAUUCUCCUUGGUUUUCAACAUUACAUUGUCAUGCUUGGAACCUCAGUUCUCAUUCCCAGUGCUCUUGUUCCCCAGAUGGGAGGAGGAAAUGAGGAGAAGGCCAAGGUGAUCCAGACCCUACUCUUUGUUGCUGGUUUGAACACAUUGCAACAGACAUUGUUUGGGACCAGACUACCAGCAGUGAUUGGCGGGUCGUAUACGUUUGUCCCCACCACAAUUUCAAUCAUAUUAGCUGGCCGAUUCAGUGAUAGUGACGACCCUAUAGAUAAAUUUAAGAGGACAAUGCGGGCAAUACAGGGUUCUCUUAUUGUUGCUUCAACUCUUCAGAUAGUCUUAGGCUUCAGUGGCCUUUGGCGUAAUGUUGCAAGGUUUUUAAGCCCACUUUCAGUUGUUCCCUUGGUUGGUCUAGUUGGUUUUGGACUCUAUGAGUUAGGUUUUCCAGUGCUUGCCAAAUGUGUGGAGAUUGGACUGCCAGCGCUUGUCAUUUUAGUAUUUGUUUCUCAGUAUAUGCCCCACAUAAUUCCCAAAGGAAAACCCAUAUUUGACCGUUUUGCUGUCAUAUUUUCUAUUGUGAUUGUAUGGAUUUAUGCUCACCUACUCACUGUUGGUGGAGCAUAUGAUGAUGCAUCCCCAAAAACACAGGCAAGCUGCCGAACUGAUCGUGCUGGACUUAUAAAUGCUGCUCCAUGGAUAAGAGUUCCAUACCCCUUCCAAUGGGGAGCACCUUCAUUUGAUGCUGGUGAAGCCUUUGCUAUGAUGGCGGCAUCUUUUGUUGCUCUUAUUGAGUCCACUGGUGCUUUCAUUGCUGUGUCAAGGUAUGCUAGUGCAACUCCAGUGCCACCUGCUAUUCUGAGUCGUGGAGUUGGUUGGCAGGGAGUUGGCAUUCUGAUUUCGGGCUUGUUUGGAACUGUGACUGGAUCCUCAGUAUCUGUAGAGAAUGCUGGUCUUUUGGCCUUGACACGUGUUGGUAGUCGAAGGGUUGUACAAAUAUCUGCUGGGUUCAUGAUAUUUUUCUCCAUUCUGGGCAAAUUUGGAGCGGUCUUCGCAUCAAUCCCAGGGCCCAUCAUUGCUGCUUUGUAUUGUCUUUUCUUUGCUUAUGUUGGUGCUGGAGGCCUUAGCUUUCUUCAGUUCUGCAACCUGAACAGCUUCCGAACAAAGUUCAUAUUAGGCUUCUCUAUCUUCAUGGGACUGUCUGUGCCACAGUACUUCAAUGAAUACACAGCUAUCAAGGGUUACGGUCCAGUCCACUCAGGAGGAAGAUGGUUCAACGAUAUGAUCAAUGUCCCUCUGCAGUCGGAAGCUUUUGUCGCAGGAUGUGUGGCAUAUUUCCUGGACAACACACUGCACCGAAGAGAUAGUUCAGUUAGGAAAGACAGGGGUAAGAAUUGGUGGGACAAGUUCCGGUCGUUCAAGAGCGAUUCAAGGAGCGAGGAGUUUUAUUCUCUACCAUUCAAUCUAAACAAGUAUUUUCCAUCUGUAUGA